GCUCACGGCUCCUGGCGCUGAAAUUCGCGCAGCUCUUUGUACGUUGCGCGCUAUCUUCUCGGAGCUGUCCGGUGGUUUCCUGCGGUGAGUGGCGCUGGCUCGUCCGUGAGCUGCUCCUGCCCCUCCCCGGCCGCCUCCUGCUCCAAUAUGUUCAAGAGGAUGGCUGAAUUCGGCCCGGACUCCGGAGGGAGAGUUAAGGGAGUAACAAUUGUAAAGCCUAUUGUCUAUGGAAAUGUUGCACGUUACUUUGGUAAGAAGAGAGAAGAGGAUGGGCAUACACAUCAAUGGACAGUUUAUGUUAAACCUUAUCGUAAUGAGGACAUGUCUGCCUAUGUGAAGAAGAUUCAGUUUAAACUGCAUGAAAGCUAUGGAAAUCCUUUAAGAGUUGUAACUAAGCCACCUUAUGAAAUUACUGAGACUGGAUGGGGUGAAUUUGAGAUCAUCAUAAAAAUAUUUUUUAUUGAUCCAAAUGAAAGGCCUGUCACGUUGUAUCAUUUGCUAAAAUUAUUUCAGUCAGACACAAAUGCCAUGCUGGGGAAAAAGACUGUUGUUUCAGAAUUUUAUGAUGAGAUGAUUUUCCAAGACCCUACAGCAAUGAUGCAACAGCUUCUAACUACAUCCCGUCAAUUAACCCUUGGAGCAUAUAAACAUGAAACGGAAUUCACAGAUCUAGAAGCUAAAACCAGAGAUACAUUAGAUUCUGCCAAGAAGAAGACAAGUUUUGAAAUAUCUGAAUUGAAGGAGAGACUAAAAGCCAGUCGUGAAACUAUUAACUGUUUAAAAAAUGAGAUCAAGAAACUUGAAGAAGACGACCAGUCUAAAGACAUAUAAAUGAACUGAUUGUGGAGCAUCCCGUGUGUUUAUUUUUUUGUAAAUAAAUUUUAAGUAUAUUUUAUAGCA